UCGUUUUCGAGGCACAAAUUUAUGACCCCUCCGACCCCUUCAAAACAAGGGAAACAAUAACUUAUUGUUAUUAUCCAUUUGAAUUGCAUUAAACAAUUAGAAAAAUUCAUUAAUUUCGCAAUAUAAGCUGUACCCUGAUUGAAUAAACAAUUUUAACGUUAAGCUCUUUCAAAGUUCAUGGAAGGAACGUGACACAAGCAUGGGGAAAUUAAAUGUAACAAUUUUGCGCUAUUUAACGCGCGAUGAUUUUCGCGUUCUAACAGCGAUUGAAAUGGGAAUGAAAAACCAUGAACUAGUCCCUGCAUCGCUUGCUGCUCAAAUAGCAAAUUUACGUUAUGGGGGUGUUCACAAAUUUAUGAAAGAAUUAUGCAAACACAGACUUCUUAGCUAUGAACGAGGAAAACAUUACGACGGUUAUCGUUUAACAAAUGCAGGAUACGAUUAUUUAGCGCUAAAGGUAUUAGCUCAAAGAGGCACUGUUUCCUCUUUUGGCAAUCAGAUUGGAGUAGGAAAGGAAUCCAACAUUUAUAUAGUUGCCGAUGAAGAAGGAAACCCUGUUUGCUUGAAACUACAUAGAUUAGGAAGAACUUGUUUUAGAAAUAUCAAGGAUAAAAGAGAUUAUCAUCAACACCGAAAAUCGGCGUCGUGGUUGUACCUAUCCCGAAUAUCUGCGACAAGAGAAUUCGCGUACAUGAAAGCACUUUACGAUAGAGGAUUCCCAAUACCGAAACCGAUUGAUCUGAACAGACAUUGCGUGGUAAUGGAGCUGGUUGAAGGUGGACCUCUAUGCGGCGUGUACGAAGUGGACGACAUCGAAUGGCUUUACGACGAAUUGAUGAAUUUGAUCGUGAAACUUGGAAACCACGGAGUUAUCCAUGGAGAUUUCAAUGAAUUUAAUAUCAUGAUAACCAGUAGUGGAAAACCGAUUCUUAUCGAUUUUCCUCAAAUGGUUUCUACCGAACAUGCGGAUGCGAAAAUUUAUUUCGAAAGAGACGUGAACUGUGUUCGUGAUUUCUUCAAAAGACGUUUCGCUUACGAAAGCGAGUUGUAUCCAACGUUUGAAGAUAUUUUGAGAGAAGAUUGUAUCGAUGUAGAAAUUAAGGCCAGUGGCCUGACGAAACAGAUGGAAAAGGAUCUUUUAAGAGAAAUGGGUAUGAUAGAAUCCGAAGCCGAGGAAGCCGAAGAGGAAAGCGAGGAAAACGUUGAAGAGCAAAAGGAAAGUAUGGAUGAAAAUGAAAUUAAUUACUUGCAACAGCAAGUUGAGGACUGUGUGAGGAAUGAAUAUAUUUACACACCAAAGGACGUAUCGGUCGAUGCAGAGACAAAUGAAGCAACGUUUGGCUCGGAGGAUGACCAGGUACAAACAGGAGAUUUCAAUGAUUCGAAAAGCAUGUACAGUACCACUACAGUAUCUACAAUCGCGCCAGAAGUGAUUAAGAAAAAGGUGAAAUCAGCGUUGCAAAAACGGGAAAAGAGAGAACAAUCUCGCAGAAUUCUUGUUAAAGGGGAGGCAAAUGCAGUGACCAGAGUAAGGAGAGACAACAAGGACACGAUUAAACAAUCGACAGGGAUAUGGGGUUGGGAAUGAAGUGUACAUACUUUUGCUACUCGUUAUAGAUAUUUAUAAUAUAAUAAAAAAGAAAAAGGAACUUUA